AUGCGCUGCGUCCCGUCAUUUCAGACCGCCUACCUUCGCCCUAUUCGACACCUCUGUCUUCCACGCCGUUACAUUGCUGGAACACACGCACGCUUCGUAGCCACCGCAGCGGGUGCUACGACAGCGUCGCAGCUGACUGAGCCACGCACGCUCUACCCCAACGCCGGGAAUAGUCGCCCUGGCGCUCAAACCCAGACGGACGUUAUCGAGGAGGCAAAGUCCGUGACCAGCACAAAUGCGAACACCUCUACCUCUACCAGCGCCACCGAUUCCACGACCCAAGCCACGCCUCUCUCUGCCCCUUCGCCAUCGACGGCGGCUCAGCAGUCGGCGUGGACGGUGGAGCAGGUGUAUGCUAUUCUGCGGCGGUAUAAGUCCUUUUGCGACCGCACUUUCCUCCUCUUCCCCUCGUCGCCGAGUACGGGACUUGUGACAUCCCCCCUGCCUGGAGCUGUGGAGACAACCGUCGAGGACUCUGACACUGUGGCCCAGAGCCCCCAUCGCGCGUCCACUCGCCGCGACCCCCGCGUGAGUGCAGCGGCGGUACGAGAGAUUCGAGUGCUUCUGGACUGCCUCUCGCAAGACCCUCAGCGACUCGGUGCGCUUGACGAAAAGCAGCGCCGCCGUCUCGUAACGGAGGUGUGCUGUCUUGGGUAUGCCGUAGGCCUUUAUAGUCGUUGCUGCGCACUCUAUGCGGACACAGUACUACUUGCAUGCGGCAUCAGUGGCGGUGGUCAUGACAGACAGCCGGCCGCACUGCCUGAGUCCGCUCUCUCCCACGAGCCCGCCCUCCGAUCUGCAGAAACGCCGUUGACCACCACAGCUGCCGGGGUUCCCUCUUUCAUUCCUGACUUUAUUAUCGACGCCGCUGGUAAAUCGGCUGACCUGACGACGCUGUAUCUGUGCGUCCCCCACGACGCACACGCGUCGACGACAGAGGUGAGCGCCACAGUUUCCUCGAGCUCGCUCACAGCACUGCAUGUGUAUAUGCAGUGCGUGCGUGUUCUUCUCAGUCACGGCUGGGGAGGUUGUCUGACGUCAAGAGCGACAGAUACUGGCAUGUGCACCACCGAGUCAGACGGAGGGGUGUCAAGUGAGAGUCGUGAUGCUGAAAGUAUUCCAACGGACUCAGUCAUCAACGCCACCGCAGUAACACACAAUGCGCCAACUGCUGCGGCGGUCGUUGCCUCACGAACGACAACGGCCUUCUCGACCAUCGCGCCUGCGGAGGCCUCUGGAAAGCAGCGCUGGGUUGGUUUGGCUUUGACGGUGCUACGUCACCUCCGCAUCAAGGACGCCGAUGCAGCCGACUUUCUCCGCACGUCUCUACGGAGAGCGACCUACCGCUACGCGGACACAGGCGGGGACUGGGCCGCCGCCCAAUCAUCUGUCUACGCCCAGAUAUUCCGUUACUGGCUCCAAGAGGAGGAAAUAGUGGCGAACACCCCCUUGGCUCGCCAACGACCGCCACAACGAAACAGCGAAGUUGAUCGCGAGGCGGGCAGAGAUCACCUGCGCGUAUCCGCUCCUGUGCUGCUCACUGUUCCCGCUCUCCUGACGCUGCUGCGCACCGCUGUGGUGGCUCGCCAGCACGACAUCGCGGAGUGGGCUACGCUGUGCGUUGAUGCGUGCCUAGAGGAGUGGACACACGCUUCAAAGGUGGCCGCUGCAGACGCGGGCAAAGACAGGCAAAAUGGUAGCUGCAGCCCCGUUGCACAUCGCAUAGCUGCUCCAUUGUCUCCCAUGGACAUUCCCUCUGCGCAGUCGCUGCCACAGCUCGACACGCUUCUCUCCUGGUACCUUCGGUAUCUUCAGCAGUCGGGUCAGCGCCCCCGCGCUGUUCGCUGGCUUUCCCGUCUUCGUCGACGCCAAUCCACCGUGCCGAUCCUCUCUAGUGCGCUGGCGACACUGUCUGUUGCUCGCGAGGCAGCCCGGCUUGCCAGCGAUGAGCUCGAUGCCGAACUAGCGAUGUGGUGCCUGCAGCUCUGUCUGGGCGACACGACACCCGCCCUCACUCCUGGGCAUGACGACAUUUUUCAGUGCCUGUGCGCCUACGCCCGCUGCGGACUGCCAAACUUUGAUAUGGUGUUGCAGUCCUUGCGCAAGAACGAGCUGCUUGCCCCGACACCGGAGGAGGUACUCUUUCUGCGCCUCCUGCACGCCCGCCGCUCCGUCAGCUGGCGCACCGAGUGGGAGCACUGCAUGGCUCCGUACAUCGCGGAGGAGGAGGAGGUCCAGGACUCGGAUAGAGACGGGGCCGACGUAAAGGUCACCGGUGAAGCCCAAGGCAGCGCCCCCACUACCAGGCAGCCUUCGUUACGGAUCGUCCGACUGCGGAUGCUCGAACCAGUGCCGCAAUCACGCGAAGGCGUACCGUCAAGCUCGCUUAUGCAUCCAGGCAUGGAGGAAGCAUUGGAGGAGCGUGGCGGCGGUUGUGUGUCAUCGAGUGAGCUGCAGGCGUUCUCUGCGCACCAUCCUAGGGUGUUCUCCUCUCGAGUCAUCUAUCAGCUCCUUCUGAUCCUGCAGGAAGGUGAGCAUACUGCCUUCAUGUCCUAUUAUCGCACCCUCCUGUUCACCUUCAGCGAGCACGUCACUCCGCAAGAUCGCGCGCGGUGGGUGGUGCUGGCGCUCAUGUGGGCCAUCCAGCACCACGGCAGGGCGCGGAGCGAGGAUGUGGUGUAUAUUGCGCGAGAAGUGGAGCAGCUUACACAGCUGCAGCAGACGCACACGAACACUGCCACAGCGUCGUCUCUCCCUCUCUCCCCUGAGCUCUGGCACAGCCUCAAUCGAAAGUGGACGACGCUCUAUCAGCAAUACCCCCCGUCCCUGUGGCUCCGUGCCGCAACAGCGGAGACACACACUGGAGGUGACAUUUGCCACGGUGCUCCAUCGCGGCGACUCUUAUGCACACCUAGCGCAGCCGUCUUGUCGACAACGCCUGUGUUCACCCGCUUUGCGAAACGGCGGCAUCUCUUACCAUCAUCCGUGAUCUCCGCAACAGUGCUGCUGCGCACGUCUCGACGCAUCAGCACCGAAGUGGCGGCUGUGGGAACGUACUCUAACGGUGAGGAGUCCGUGACGCACUGGCCCCCAACGGGAGAUGCGGAUUUUGAGUCGUGGGUAGACUACAUGGAGGCUGUGCGUCGGUUCUAG